UAGUAAGUAAGAUUUCAUGGAAAUCCCUCCACGCAAAAUGUAACAUUACAUUAAAUUUUAUAUAACCAAAUAUUUAGUUUGACAAAUAAAUCUUCAUUUACCGUGCCGCUGUAACCAAACACUCUGAGAAGAUUGCGCGCCAAAAAGUUUUUUUUUUUUUCCUUUAGAGAGAGAGAGAAUGAGUUCAGUGGUGGGAUGGUAUGGACCGCUUAUCGAUCUCUCAAGUGUCGCUCUUCACAUCGGCGAUUUUGUUCAGCUUCUCGUUUUCGUUCACCGAUCCACUCCCGUUCAGUUUAAGUUAUGGAAGGGAGGAGAAGUAAUUAGGAGGGACAUUCAGGUAGGUGAUGAUAGCAGGCCCUACUUCCCCAUUUCUAUUUGGCAAAAGCAAAUGGCAUCAAUGGUCGUACCCGGUGAUAUUGUUUUGCUUCAAAAUGUUAAGCUAACCAAGUAUGGAGAUGUUGUCGAGGGGAGAAUGAUUCAUUGUUCUACCUUACUUCCUCUAAUUCACCAUCAUAACUCACUUGCUUCCAAAGGUAUGGAUGAGCUAGUAGAGGCAUGUAGAAUAGGAACAACAACUAAAGAAAAACUCACAAAGGUAAUAAAAUGGCUGCAACGAACAGGGUUCACCUUUUGCAGCAUUCAACCACAAGGCCAUCCGUACCCGCAGAAGAAGAUACACUUGAAAAGAAACUGGAAACUUCCAGAAAAAAGAGAAUCAAAGAACUGUAUUUCACUAUUGGAAGUAUCACACUUAACCGAUUCAUGUAAAGCUGUCUUUCACGCAUGUGUUGGAGAAAUUUUUCUACCAUCUAUCUCUACAACUCUGAGUGAAUCUGAUAAAGAGAGGAUGUUCAUCAGCAGAAGGCUAUUUAAAACAAGAGACACUAGUUUAGUAACUGAUCUCAUAUGUACUGGCUGCAAACUAUGCGGUUCUCCUUUGGAUACUCAGCAUGACAGGUCAAGGUUAGAGAAUGAAGCAGCUCCUUUAUAUUGCUCAAAAAGCGUAAACCGCCUUCAUGUAGUAGACUUCAUAUACAGGCCUUUCAUGUUAUAUAUAUGGGAUGAAUCUGAGUAUACCCUGCUCCUCGUCAAAAACAAGGCAGCAGAGCUCUUGUUUGGGAACAUCACAGCUGAGAGAGUGUAUUCGAGCUUCAGAGAACGACAUGGUGACCAAAAUGUUGAUCCAGAUCCAGUAGAUGCCUCACUGCUCAAACGUUAUGGGAUGUUAGAGGAUUUGGGUUGUUGUACAUCAGCUGCAAAUUCAAGCUUGAAAUUGAAGAGCAAACCUAUUGUAAAUACUGUGAACUUUUAUCUGAUCUGGUUAAUUCUUUUAAGAGCUUUACUGCAAGAAAGAAAGAACAGUCCAUUGAAAUUUGAAGUCAGUGUAAAUACUGGCUUGGAUAAAGAAAAUGGAAGGUUUGAAAUGGAAUCUGUUUGGAUUCCAUUUCCCUGAAUCAA